AUGCAAGUUCAACUUUGGGCGAGGAACAUUGCUCCAGGAUCUUCAAUUGAGGUAGUCCUCCCGCGGCCAUUGUAUCUGACGAAUAUUUCCCUCUCCUGCGACUUUCAAAAUGCCUUCGCGCCGACCUCUCUGGUGCUUUCCAUUGUAAGGACCGACCGACCGACUCUCAUCGUCGGGCAGUCUUUGACGCAACAUAUUCAUGUUAGACUAGACGCAGGUAUCAAAUACGUACUAAGUGUUAAGGGGUCGAAUACACUAUCUAUCUUGGGGUAUCACUCUCAGGUGAACGAUACAUUGAUCCAACCUAACAUGGAGAGUGCAAAUCAGAAUUCCAACGAUCUGGGGGUAACGGCCGCUACUCCUGCUAUCACUAUCUCGCCUCCGAUAAUAAACGGUACUCAACAGCCACCUUCCGGCUCAGGCUCUACCAAUCCCACUGCCGGCAAUGUUGCCACUUCCAGCCACCCUUUAACAGUGGCUGGGCCAAGCGACGGAGGGUUGACAGGGGAUGGUCGGUUCGACAAAGCACCUUCGACCGGAUUUAACUACUCGAGCGGUCAACGUCCCACUGAGUCGAAUAAAACCCACCGAGACCCGAGCACUAUGGGUCCGCUAUGGGUUCCAAUAACGGAGAUCAUGCUGCGAAGAAGAUGA